AGAAGAAGAAGAAGAAGAAGGGCCAGAACCGAGAGAAAUGACGAAUGGGGAGGCAGGAAUAAUCUGAUUCUGAGGACCUCUUUUGUUAUACUUAAAAGUUAAGAGGACGUAUCGGUAAGUCUAUGAAAAGAGUAGGAUGUAAUCUGAAUUUAUUUUUCUGCAGACAAAGAAUUUGUUUUGUUGCAGGAAAAUUGGAAAUUUCAAUGUCAAUCGUUUUUUCUGAAUUCUGUUAAGGCUUCUUCUUCUUCUUCAUCGCCCAUUCCAUUCCAGUCAACACGGGGAGGGCUAAACCGAGCCAGCCAGCCAGCCAGCAAGCCCAAAGCUUUCCUGCAACCCUCCUCUCCUCUCUCUUUCUCUCUCCCGGGGGACGAAGAAGAAGAAGGAGCCCUAAUUUCUGUUUCCCCCAAAUCCCUCGGCAAUUCCACCUUCCUUGUCGUUCGAUAACUCCAACCAAUUCAAUCCCAGAUCGAGGAGGGGGAAGGAGGAAACAAUGUCGUCGGAGAUCGAAGUGGUGGAGGAGGAGGUUGUUCAUUCCGGAGAUCACGGGGGAAGCAACGGGAUUGCUGCUUCUGCCAACGGUGGCGAGGAUGCUGUCGGCGACGAGAGCCUGAGGAACGACGUUUACACCGCGGCCGCGUAUGGGGAUUUGGAGAAGCUCCAGAGAUUGGUGGAGAGUGAGGGUUGCUCCGUCUCGGAGCCCGACGGGCUUGGAUACUAUGCGCUGCAGUGGGCUGCUUUGAAUAAUCGGACUGCUGCUGCUCAGUACAUAAUCGAGCAUGGAGGAGAUGUAAAUGCAGCAGAUCACACGGGUCAGACAGCACUACACUGGAGUGCAGUUCGAGGUGCAAUCCAAGUUGCCGAACUUUUACUUCAAGAGGGUGCUCGGGUGAAUGCAGCUGACAUGUACGGUUAUCAGAUGACGACUAGUGGAAAUUUUACUUGCUUUCAGACUACACAUGUUGCAGCUCAGUAUGGUCAGACAGCUUUCUUGUAUCAUGUCGUCUCAAAAUGGAAUGCAGACCCUGAUCUUCCAGAUAAUGAUGGAAGAAGCCCCUUGCACUGGGCUGCUUAUAAGGGUUUUGCCGAUUGUAUACGCCUGUUGUUAUUUCUGGAUGCAUAUAGGGGACGGCAAGAUAAAGAGGGUUGCACACCCCUUCACUGGGCUGCAAUUAGGGGUAACUUGGAGGCAUGCACAGUGUUGGUACAAGCUGGCAAGAAGGAGGACUUGGUAAUCACAGAUAACACGGGGCUGACUCCAGCUCAACUUGCUUCUGAUAAGAACCACAGACAAGUUGCAUUUUUCCUUGGCAAUGCUAGAAGGCUUCUUGAUAAACGUUGUGAUGGCGCCACCCACUUGGGACGUCUGUCGAAGUUGGGCCUUGCUCCAGUUCUUUGGUGUAUAAUAAUUAUUCUUCUGAUCAUCUAUAUCCAUUCUGUCAUCAUGGCUCCAAAUCUGCCCAGGGUAACACCUGGCUUUGGCCUAUUUGCAUGGCUUGGGGUAUUUCUUGCAACCAGUGGGCUUGUGACGUUUUACAGGUGUAGCAGGAAGGAUCCUGGAUACGUAAGAAUGAAUGUGCAUGAUCCACAAAAUAUGAAAGAUGAUGAACCUCUUUUGAAGAUAGAGAUAAACAAUCCUGCUUUGCUUUCUGGGAAUUGGUCUCAGCUUUGCGCAACGUGCAAGAUUGUAAGACCUCUUCGUGCAAAGCACUGUUCCACAUGUGAUCGUUGCGUCGAACAAUUUGACCACCAUUGCCCGUGGGUAUCAAAUUGCAUAGGCAAGAAAAACAAGUGGGAUUUCUUCUUGUUUCUUGUUUUGGAAGUCUCCGCAAUGCUGAUAACUGGUGGCGUGGCUCUCACGAGGAUUGUUACCGAUCAAAUGGCUCCUUCAACAUUCGGAGGCUGGUUAAACUAUGCAGGCACUCAUCACACUGGCGCCAUAUCUUUCCUGAUGGUCGACUUCUUCCUCUUCUUCGGUGUAGCUGUUCUAACCGUCGUCCAAGCCUCUCAGAUAUCCCGCAACAUAACAACCAACGAGAUGGCAAACGCAAUGCGGUACAGCUACCUGAGAGGCCCCAGCGGCCGGUUCAGGAACCCAUACGACCACGGAUGCAGAAAGAACUGCCUGGAUUUCUUGGUCUCGGGUUACAACACCGACGUGGAGUUCAUCGAGGACUCGUCCCAAGAAGGGAUCAGAAUGAUGCACAUGUCUCGACACAACACGACGACCACCCUCCAGAACGGCGACACCCCCCAGAUCCCACACCACGCCGCCAAUGGCAGCAGCAGCGGGCACAUCGCGAUCAACGUGAACAACCGAGAGAGCAAACCCCUCCACCAACAACACCACCACCAAGGUGGUGCUCAGCACCACGUUCAUUCUUCCAACUGCGGCCAUAGUAGUAGUAGCAGCAGCAGCAGUCAGGGGAAAUCCAAGUCGGAGAAAGUGCCAUUGGGUCUAGGUCUAGGUCUCGGUCGGAACGGUAGCCGUAGCGUGGCAGGCCCCUGAUGACUAACCACUACAUACAGAUUGCAUCCAUUUGUCUUGGUUGUUUUUUUUUAUUACUCUAGAUUCCCCUGUUGGUUGUCUGUACCAUAGUGAAAGGAGAGAAAAGGGAGAACCCUUCUGGUGUUUCACCUGCUGUCUAAUUCAAUUGGUUGUUGCUGCUCGUUUUGCUCGGCCUCCAUACAUUCAUUUACUUGUACAGAGAGCUCUACUUCUAGAUACAACUUCAUCUCUAAGCAUUGGCUUUGGAAUGAUCCACGUUUCCUGAAACCUGAUAGAGGCUGCGAGGACCAGUGCCCUGUUGUAUCAGCCAUUUUCUUAGGCAAAGGGUAUUAAAUUCUAGGGCAAAGGUCCAUCUGCAGGAGGCAGUAGGACAACAGGGUAUUAAUUAUGCUUGGAAGAGUGACAGCUACUGCUGAUCUAUGUG